AUGACUUACCUCAGAGAGCAGAUGUUUGCAAUAAACUUUUUGGCAAUUAUUGUUAGCGCUACUAACUAUAACUAUUAUAAUGGUUAUUACGGUUCAUAUGAGACGAGCACCCGUAGGCCGCCGCCAAUCCGAAGGACAACUACCACAAAAAGAACGGCAAAGACAACGACAAAGCCGUAUCGUUAUACACGACCGCCUCCGACAUCGGGACCGGGAGGUCAGACAACAUCACAUCCGGCACCCGAACCAUACAAAUUUGAAUACGAUAUCAAUGUUGGAUCACCGGAUCCGACAGGACAUAUAUCUCAGUCGGAAUCUGGCGAUGCAAACGGUGUGGUCACUGGAAUGUACUCGUUAAGAGAUCCGGAUGGCAGACAGCGUACCGUUAUUUAUAAGGCCGAUAGCAAUGGCUUUCGGGCCACUAUAGAGACAAAUGAAUUACCACCUGAUGUCCCCAAUCCGGCUGAUGUCACAAUUAUAGGAACAGGUGUUGCAAACAGUGAUAACUCAGAGUCAAACGAUUCAUCAUAA